AUGACUGCUUCGUUAACACAUAGAAUUAUUGACCACUGGAAUAUUUUGAAAAUAGAGGAAAGCCUACCCAAUGAAGUGUACUUAGAAAAUUGGGGAGCUUGAGAAACGUCGACAAGCCCAAAUAAAAGCUAAGGUUGGUUGAAAUGGUUCAGUAGCACUGAGCAUUAGGAAGGAUAUCACGGUCAGUCAAUAAAGAUGGCUUUGUCAAGGCAGGCAAACUUGAAUAAGAAUUCUGUAGACUUGUAGUCAGACAAGAUGAAAUGCAGAAGGUAAAUUUGACGUUGUGGUCACUUUUCUUCGCCAGCCUUUCGCUGACACAUUUUAUUACGCUCAACCAGGAAACACAGAAGUUCACAGAGAAGGAUGAAAUGUUUUGGUGUGUCUGUAAUUUUGGUUAUUCAAUUCUCCCUGCUAAGUAACGGUAAGUAUUACUAAUUUGCAUUGAUGGAUGAGGUUUCUGUGAUAUCCGGAAUCAUGAAUCAAGGUUGAGGUAAGUAAUAAAAGUACCUAGACCUUGAUCAUUCCUGAUAAACACAAAAACCCAAUCUGAUAAUUGUUUUAUAUACACUGUUUUGAGGAGAAUAACGACAAACAUCACAAACACAUAGUACGGUCCAAACAGUUUGACAAAGUGCUCUUGGAAACCACGUAUUGCGCGCGCAACCAACAGAUAACUAACUCAAUUUUUAGGUUGUGCUGAUUUCCAAAAAUCAUUGAAGGCUAUUGGUUGAUGAGAAUACAGAUAUUGAGUACAACUAAUGAUGAUCGAAAUUAUUGGAUGUGGCCGAGUAUCUUAGUACUUAUGAAGAAAUAUGAAGAUCGAGGAGGGUUUUAUCGGCCUUCGCUUGCCCAAAUAGGAGAGCUUGCUCGCAGGCUACCAGGCCACGUAACCAGCUUGCCUGUUGAUGUUUGCCGAUAUAAACACCAUUGACGACAUUCGUAUAUAUACCCAGUAAGAGGGACUUAAGGAGCGGUGGCUCAGCUCAGUGUUUUGGCUGUGUGGCCGCUGGAGCUCAACUUACAAUCACUGGUGUGUUGCUCUGUCCUCCCUUUAUGCGCAUGUCCUUGAAUCACUCGACCGCUGAUCUUAUAAACAUUAUUAUUCUUAGGGGCUUGAAUAAAAGAGCUAUAUCAUUCGAUCGUGAAGUUAAAAUACUGAUCUCACUGAUAAUAGUUUAUUUGUGGAUUUACAAAUGAUAUAAGCAAAAAGCUCAAGACUUUCACGCAUUACGUCAUGAAUUGUUAAACUUUAUAACUCAUUGAUAUAUUUUACUUUUGUUCUUCGUAUUAUGAUCAGUCGCAACUGGUGCUAACAUAACGAGCAAUUUCACUGAGCUGGAUGUAAAUAUAGACCCAACAUCCUUGAAAACGUACGAAGACGAAGUGGAAGGUAAUGACAGAAAGCUUUUUACUUUAGAAUGAAAAGACUAAAAAGUGAAAUUUCACCUCAAGUGCUAGACUUUUACAAUUAGCAGACUACUCUGCCCAUUAACUGGGAUCUAUAAAUUUUCCUGUCAUUGGCAAGCGAUCCUAGAUACGGUUUUCGGGAUGCGGGACUUCCCUUAUUUGAAGGCCGGGACUCGGAAUUUUAAAGCAAAAUGGGGAAGAGAUUCGGGAUUGACAAAAACGAUCAUCGGGAUUACGGGGUGGCACAGAAUUGAGUUGGGAUGACGGCAUUGAUAACCCUAUUGGGGACCUUCAUCUCAGCUACAACCAGUUGCAAAAGUACUUGAGACACUGUACCGUAUUUCGGCUUAAGCGGCUGGUCCAUGGUCUUAUGCUUUUGAUCCCCCUUCACCCCUUAUCAAAGUUGCUAGUAAUACAAGACUUGGAGGAACGACUUGAGUGGACGGGAGGUCAGUAUUACAUCUCACAGACCUGUGACUAGGAGCGAUUUGAAGUAAGACACGUCGUUUGGUUGUUGGAGUGUCGCAACAUUUUUGCAACUGAUUGUAGCUUUAAAACUGAAAUGCAAAGUGAGCGUAAGAAAAACAGCCUUCGCUUUUUUUAAAGUAAUUCGAAUUCUACUAAAAACUAUUAAAAAAUGUUUUGACAUUUCAGUAAAUAAGCCAAGUACUGCGUUUUCGAUUCCAUGAGAACAAUCACAUUUAAUUUUGCCACUUAAGGAUAGAUUUAACAAUGACACUUCUUUUUUUUUUAGCAACUUAUGGUGAAUUAAAUCUGGGAAUGAAUUACUUCGAAGGUGAUAUUUUACUCACUCAACAACAGAAAGAUUUGAUCAACGCGUCAAAAAAUGCAAGUAACAUUCAAGCGAGAGAUCUUGUAAGAGAUACUGCGAAAUUAUGGAUUGAUGCUGUCGUACCUUAUUUACUUGCCGACGACCUCAGUAAGUUUGUUAAACAAUUUACGCACGCUAAAUUUGGCUAGAAAGACGCAAGAACCUGUAGCACUGCGUGAAAUACAUAUAAAUUAGGACUUUUUCAAUCAAACUGGACAUACAGCGGUUUUGAAUUUAGUGUUUUACUGAAAACCAAAACCUAAUCAUUAUUACAAAAUCAAAUAACUCUAAUUAGCUUGAAACAAACACCUGUAGCCGGCCCAAUCUUCUCCUUCCUACGAGUCUCUGUUAAAAGGAAAGAAAUCCGCGAGCAAGAAUUCGUGCCAAGGCCUUUUGUAUGCUAAGCUCUCUCCCUUAUCACUACACACACACUGAUUCAUCAAAAUGUCUAAAAAAUUAAGUUUACGAAUCAUAAUUAACUCUCUUACAUAAGACUAUUUAUAAAUGUACCCCCCUUUUUCUUUGUUUUACCUUAAACAAAAGCAUAUCUUAACGCCUACCAUGACUUAAGACUUUGAGCCAAUCAAACUGCGUCCAAAGAAAUCACGAAAUCCGUACUUUCGACUCUAAAUUCAAAUUGCCUCGUACUUUUGCAUGCGGUUGCAGAUGAGGCAAGUCGUGGUUACAUUGGCUCAGCAAUAAGUGAGUGGAGUGGAAAAACUUGUCUUCAGUUCAGGGAAAAAACUUAUGACGACGAAGAUUACAUAGAGUUUGUCUACGAAGUAGGGUACGUACAUUGCUCGCCGCUUAAACGAAAUCAGCUCACAUUUUUUUCCGCAUCGGAAUUAAAUUGGUCAUAUUCGCCAUACCUGUAUUUCAUACUCGGUAUUCCGUCGAUUCCUAUGCAAGACACAAUGUGUUGAUCCACGUGUUGUGUGAAUAAUUUUCACUCCGAAGGACAGACACAUCUAGGGUUGAAUUUGAUCAAAGAAAGAGUGAAAUUGGCCAUGCCGGAAAGCAUUUUUUGAUCCCAUUAGAUAUGUUAUUGGUCAUGUCUAUAGCAGAAUUGUUUUUCAUUUUCAGAAUUUUCCCUACUAUGAAGCUACUGUUGUAAUGCUUUCGGUUUCUUUUAGAUGUUCUUCCUAUGUGGGACGUAUCGGAGGCAGACAAACAAUUUCAGUAGGAAACGCAGAUGGUAGCAUUAUUUGUAGACACGGUAAUAUCGUUCACGAAAUUGCGCAUUCCGUGGGUUUCUUCCAUGAACACAGCCGACCCGACCGUGAUGACUAUGUCAACGUUCACUGGGGCAAUGUUGAAAGCGGUUGGUAUUGAACCUCCAUAGUCGUAUAAAACUGAAGAGCGUUUCGAUUUCCUUUACUUUGAUUUUUCCCUUUGAAUUGCAUUAUCCUUUCAGUGAAUGUUUACUUUCAGCUCAGCUUCGAAUUCUGAAACUCCUUCCAGAAAAUUUUCAACUUUGUUGAAAUCCUAUCACUUAAUUUGUUGCCAAUAUGACUAGACUGACAACUUCGCAUAAUUAUAGUGAGUUACGUUGCUCUACUCUUGAAUUCUAGCAAAUAUCCUUAAAUAUCGAUAAUUUGUUUUGACAAAUGAACCUGGAAGCCUUCCAAGGGAUAAUUUUUUUUUAUAUAUGCUUGCUUUCUCUCUCAGGAUACGAAAAAAACUUCCACAAGGAAACUUUGGACACUGUAGACCCUCGCGAUGUUGGGUACGAUUAUGAUUCUGUUAUGCACUACGGGGAAUUUUUCUUCACAAGAGAGCCAGGAAUGAGGACCUUAGAGCCUUUGGACCCCAGUGCAUCUAUUGGGCAGCGAAUUGGCCUUAGCGAGAAGGACGUUGAACAAGGAAACCUAUUGUACGACUGCACAGGUAUUGUUAAGCAUUGCAAACCAGAGAUUGAGCUGUAGAUUCCCAGCUCCAAAGUUUUAAUAGCAUGCUCACACUUGGUACCUGAGCAGUAGUACCUGGCCACCGGCACGAAGACGAAUCAGUGCUGUGUUUAGACUCUACCCAAUAUGUUGUGUAUUGCUUAUGCACACAUUUUGCUUCAUUUUGCCCCGUCAGACACCACUUAAAAACGAGAUCUUCGUUAUGCGGUACAUGAUCCUUAACCUUCUGUAGAAGCAUUAGCAAAGCGCGGUGUGGCGUGCGGCCCCAUAGGGCAAGAAUACGACCAACGUAUCUAAAAAAGGCGACUAAAACGGUUGAUGCUGAAGGUACAAAAACAACAACAACAACUUUAUUUAUUAUAGCAUGAAUUAACGUUCUUUUCAUCGUAAAUAAACCUGUAGUUCCGACAACCGCCUCGAAACAAGUGUCACGCUGACUGUAGCUUGUAGCAAAGAGUAACAACGUUCGGGGAAACUCUGACCAACCGUCCGAUGGCUGUACAUUCCAAGGAAAUGACCGGUCUGUGAGAAAUUUACAGCCUAUCUGGGUGCGAUUGCGCAGAACACACUUCUCCACGUACAACAUUUGGACCCUCUACUAAACAGGGAAGCUGGGUCAGCUGUUUCGUGGGCCAAAAACAACAAAGGGAAGCGUUUUACAAUACUGAAACGACGAUCACGAGUUCAUGUCCAUUUACUCUUCUGCCUCCAAAACUGGGAUUGGUGCGGUUGGGCUAAUGAUCCGUAAGAAGCUUGAAUAUCUACACAGGGCUGCAGUUAAAACUUUCGGACAAAAAUCCGAAAGUCUAUCCUCUACGCUCCUAUCUAAUUAUGUUCCUUACUAUAGUGAUAACGAAGCCCUCUUUAACGACCUCCACGAAUGCCUCUCUAAGGUACAACGUCACACCGUUGCCGUCGUACCUGGUGAUUUUAAUGGUCGUACCGGUCAAGACAGGCAUUCACCAAGGAAAAAGCAAAAGGCUAUUCGAACUUUGCAUCCAACCACGGGUGGGGACCUACAAUCUCUCUUUCCCCACAUUUUAAGGCGACAAUGAACCUUGGUAGGGGAAUAUGGCGGCUUCGCGGCUCAACGCGACCAGAACUUCAUACACUCAAAUUGUUCACGACAGUUACCAACUGCCACGCCUAGAGCACCCCUGAAUUGCACUGUGCAUGAACAUCGCAUUCUUAUACAGCUGGAUGUUCGAGCUGCAAUUUCGCUCCUCAGUGGAAACGCCUCCCCUUCGACAGUACUGCAAGCUAACCUCCCUGUAGCAGUCACUAUUAUGCCCACUCCCUUUCCAAAGAAGACGUUCAAGUGCUUUACUCCAGCAUGUUAAAACUGUCUAAAGAGGUACUACAACUAUGACGCGCGUUCGGUCAAGGGAUCUUCAAAGCCGAAGAGGAGAACGAUCAUAUUUACAUUGCCUAUGGGAGGGCGUAAUUGGAAUAAGCAGACCGUACCGCCCCCCCCCCUUCCCCUUCCCCCCAAAAGUAACGUGGAACAACAUUGGAGAGAUGCCGGCCAAAGCCCUCUCUCGUGAGUACCCAGGAAAUACUCUCCGGCAUGAAUUUUGUUCUUUGAUACAGGAGCGUUUAGCUUGGAAGUGCAUGAAGGUCGAUUGCUGCCAGCAUUGCUGGGAACCCCCAUGAGCUGGUAACUAGCGAAAAUGGACUAGUCGGUAAAGGUCCUUGGAAUUAACCGAAAACUCGUGCAUACCGGCAACAAGGCUUGUACCCUCUUCAGAGCCCGAGUAGAGAAUGUUUGGGCCUUGCCCAAAUGUUUCGAAUUCUGGCGUGAGAACUUGAGGCUGAAUGGCCUGCGAACAGGCUCACUCGUGCGAAUUCGGGAAAAAUAUUUUGGCGGUUGAGCCGACUUCUAGAUCUCCUCGUGUGAUGGCCAAAAAUUUUCCCCGAGCUCGCACAAGUGAACCUGCUUGCAUGCUAGAGACUGAACGAGUUUACAUGUUAUUGUACUAGGUGUAAAAAAAACCAAACCGAAGCCGGAUUGAAUUAGCUAAUCUCACCUGCGCGCCAGAUUGAUUGCGCGCCUGGCCUCCGAGGCUGCAUCCAGAGAAUUGGACAAAUUUGUCUACUUUGUAAAAUUCUUGCAGCCUUAAAAAGGUUACCUUUGGAAGCUUAUUUUUGUCAGUGUUCCGGCUUAACUAAGUAUGGGGAGAAGGAAUAACACCAUGGGGGCUAGGGCUUUGUUGAGUUUUGGCACCUCUAAUAGUCAAAGCUUACAACGAGGCGGGCUUUGUAGAGGCUGUGGGUUUAUAUGAAGCUAGGGGGAAGGCUUUUCAGAUUGCUUAUCACGCACGUAUCAAAUAUUAUAAAGAGCGAUAAAUCUUUGAGCAGUGUGGAAUUUCUUAAUAGUUGUAACUAAUUACUGAGAGACGAUCAGAGUUAGUGUAAUGGUGCCUAAACCAACUAUAAACUGACUCUUCUCUCAGUGAUCUGAAUUUUUUUUAAAUAGAUUACUAUGACGAUGACGUAAAACCACAGAACAAGACAGGACAAGGAUCUUCUCCCAAGAAAGUGUGGGAUAGACCUCUGCGUGAUCACGAAAUCAAGGUUCUUAGGAAAAGCAAAGUACUAAAACAAAGCCACAAGCCCUCCAGCAGUGAACAUUUCAGCCAUAAAGGAAACAGAAGUCAUCUGCAAAAUAAACACACAAAAGUCCACGCGAAAGGAGAGAAACGUAAACAUUCCUGA